AUGGCUACCACUACCAUGGCUGCUACUAUCAUGGCUGCCACUACCAUGACUAUCACUCACUAUCAUGGCUAUCACUACCAUAGCUACUGUCGAAAUGUGGCCCCCGCGCAUCCCAGCCACCGUGUUCUUCAGCCACCUGAUUUUGUACUGUAUUUAGAACCUGGCCCCGGAGAGGUUUUGAAGAAUCAAUCCGUCCGUUCUACACAUCACAUACCUGAUAUUUUAACAGCUACCACUACCAUGGCUAUCACUAUUUAUUAUUCAAAUAGCCUACUAUCAUAUGGUAGCUAUGAUAGUGGUAGUCAUGGUAGUGGUAGUCAUGGUAGUGGCAGUCAUGGUAGUGGCAGUCAUGGUAGUGGCAGUCAUGGUAGUGGUAGCCAUGGUAGUGGCAGCCAUGGUAGUGGUAGCCAUGGUAGUGGUAGCCAUGGUAGUGGUAGCCAUGGUAGGUAG